UGUAGUCUUUAAGGCGUUCACAGUUCAGAGUUCAAACCACAUGCCCAGAAAUCAUGAAUGGAGAUUGAUUGAAUGGAAGCUAAAGAAAGAAUAUCAAAAGCAGAAACAGAGCAAGUGAAGAAAUAUUAGAGGAGAUAUGCAUUCACAUUCCAUUAGAGAAAGCCAGGAAGCCUGCUUCCAUGGCUGCUUUUCAGCCCCUUCACUCAGCUUCUCAGACACCCCCAAGCCCACUUUUAAAUCAAUCAACACAGUUGCUGCUUCUCAUUACGACUUUGAUGCUGCCACAGCCGCUUCUCUCUUCCCAAACACCCAAUUCACCAACCAUGAAUCCCUCCCUUCAUUGUCUGAUGCUCUCUCUCGCUUCACCACAGCUUAUCCACUCUACUCCCACACCCAUGAAAUCGACCAAAUCCGAGCUCAACACUACUUCCAUCUCUCGCUCUACAACCAUGUCUGCUUCGACUACAUCGGUCUUGGCCUCUUCUCCUAUUCCCAGCAACAAAUUCCCAGCUCAACACCUUCUUCUUCUCCUACUCUAUCACCCAACAGUCUUCAAUUCCCAUUCUUCGACAUCUCCUACAAGCCCACAAGUCUGCAUUCUCAGAUACUAAACAGAGGCAAAGGAUCGGAAUUUGAAUCCAGGAUUAAGAAGAGAAUCAUGGAUUUUCUCAAUCUCUCUGAAACUGAUUAUCACAUGGUUUUCACGGCCAACAGGGAAUCAGCUUUUAAGCUACUGGCAGAAUCUUAUCCUUUCCAAUCCAAGAGCAGCCUCCUUACAGUUUACGACUACAACAGCGAGGGUGUUCGAGUCAUGAUUGAUAACUCCCAGAAGCGAGGAGCCCAAGUCAUGUCAGCCAAGUUCUCAUGGCCGAGCCUGAGGAUUCACCCUAAAAAACUGACGAAUUUGAUUGUCGGUAAGGGGAAGAAGAAGAGGAAAAGGGGACUGUUCGUGUUCCCUCUCCAAUCGAGGAUGACUGGCAGGCGAUACUCGUAUCACUGGAUGAGUUUGGCACAGGAGAAUGGGUGGCACGUCUUGCUUGACGCUUGUGCUUUAGGACCCAAGGAUAUGGACUCAUUGGGCCUCUCUCUCUUCAGGCCAGAUUUCCUUAUCUGCUCCUUCUUCAAGGUUUUUGGGGAGAACCCAUCGGGAUUUGGUUGUCUAUUUAUCAAGAGAUCAAGUGCUUCGGUCUUGGAGGCAUCGACCACGGCUAGAAGCAGCUUAGGAAUCGUCACUCUUGUCCCAGCAAAUAACCUUUCUCAAUUACCCACUGAUGAUUCCGAUAAUCACCCAGAGACCCAAGAAAAAUCUAAGCUUAAUGAGUUGGAAAGAGUCGAACAUGGUGACGCCUCAGAACCACAUAUGGAACAACCCUUCUCAUCCGAAAUUGAGGAAUUAGAUAAGCCCAUUGAUUUGUUGAAACAUGGAAAUACAGAGACCAAUACCACUGGUACAGGCAAGAAGAGCUCCGAAAUCAACUGUGAGUAUUUAGAUCAUGCGGAUUCUUUGGGGCUAACGAUCAUCACUAGUAGAGCAAGACACUUGACCAAUUGGUUGGUGAACGCAUUGAUAAACCUCCGGCAUCCAUAUCCAGAGCAGGGACUUCCACUCGUCAGAAUCUAUGGUCCAAAGAUAAAAUUCAACAGGGGACCUGCGCUAGCGUUCAAUGUGUUUGAUUGGAAAGGGGAGAAGGUUGAACCUGUGCUCGUACAGAAGCUUGGAGACCGAAGCAAUAUUUCUAUCAGUUGUGGAUUCCUCCACAACAUAUGGUUCUCAGACAAGUACGAGGAAGAGAAGGAAAGUGUCUUGGAGACAAGAAACCUUGAAACAACAGAAGAGGCAAGCAAAAGGAGGAAAGAGAGAGUCGAUAUGGGAAUAACUGUGGUCACGGCUGCAGUGGGUUUCUUGGUCAAUUUUGAGGAUAUCUACAGGCUUUGGGGUUUUAUAGCUCAGUUCCUUGAUGCAGAUUUUGUUGUGAAGGAGCGGUGGAGAUACACAACUCUCAAUCAGAAGACUAUUGAAGUUUAAA